AUGGAACUUCAAACUCAACAUGACAAAAAGCUUGAAGACGAUGACAAACUGAAUUGUAGUAGCAUCGAUUCAUCCCUUCACCAAGUGGAUCGUCUUCCUCAUAACCAUUGUUCCUACAAUGAAGAUUAUUCGUUUGAUUUCCUGAGUGCUUUAAAAGAGUGCCCACCAAUCAGUUUUACAGCAUUCUUUGGAAGUAAGAUCCUAAGAACUUGCUUGAAAGAAGUAAAGCAAAAUAGCAUCAUUGGAAACAGGUCCUCUCACCUGGAUAAUAAUGAAUUGCGUGUUGCUCCUGCUCCUGGCCGUGGUUUGGAUUGGCAGCACAAACUGACUUCAGAACUGCAUCGGUACAAUACAUACGUACCAAGAGACACAAAGCUUCAGUAUGACUUUACCUACAAAUACAAUCGGCAGAUACGUAAGGAAAUCGUGGGAUGUAUUUCAUCGUUUGUAGUCUCAAAUACUGUCUUUUUAGGUAUUUUCUACAACAUAUGGAGCAUCUUAUUAAAAAGUACCAGUGUCCAGCCACUGCAAAAAGAACAUGAUCACCACCAUUCCAUCUGGCCGUCCUUGCUCGGGUUGUUCGGUUUUAUGGUGCUUGUUUGUGCUGUUGCUGCUAUGAUUCUUGCUGGUGCGGUAUUCACUCGGAUGCAGAAAGCUAUGCUUAUCUUUUGGGUCGUUUUCAUGCAUCUUCAAUCAGCUAACUCAAUCAUCGAAGUUUUUGUUAUACUAAUAGGUGGACUUUUCAUGGGGUGGUAUUCUUUUGGAGAAAAGCAACCACCAAAUGAAGUGAUAUGA